UCUGACACGAUUUUCUGAUCUCAGAUCUUCACGAUGAGCACAGUCACCUCCCGAUUGUCCUACCAGCAGGAGGUCAGAUCCCUGCUCAACUAUGCUAAACUCAGUCUGCUGUACAAGGCCAGCGUCCACGGCUUCAACGCCACCUACUUCCACCAGAAGUGCUAUCAGCAGGGCCCGACUGUUACUGUAGCCUAUAAUAACUCAGGCUACAUUUUCGGAGGCUUUAUCAGUAAAGAUUACGCUCAGACGGGCCAAAACAUCAUUGAUGACAAAGCUUUUCUAUUCAGCUUUAAGGCGAGUGAGGUUAACCGAGCUCCUCUGCGUGUAGUCAGCACCGCGGCUCAGCCCUCAUUCUGCGACGCCACCACCGGGCCCAACUUCAUCUCUCUGUUGUUUCUUUAUAAUAAUGCAGCUGCUGUUUAUAGCAAUCCAGGAACAUAUAACUUUGACCCUAUGGAGAUGUUUGGAAAUGAUCUACAGCUGCUGGAGUGUGAGGUCUACAGAGUGGAGGGUUAUGGGACACUCAUGGAGAAACCCUGGAGGAACAUCGACUGGAAUGUGGAUAAGAGGAAGGUGCUGAUGGAGAAGAUCACCUCCUGGACUCCAGGCGUGAAGUCGGUGCAGAGAGCUCGAGUGUUGCUGGUUGGUGCUGUCGGAGCCGGUAAAUCCAGCUUUUUUAACUCCAUCAAGUCCAUAUUUAGAGGACACGUGAGCUGCCAUGCCAUCACGGGCAUCGCUGGCACCAGCCUCACCACACAGUUCCGUGUGUACUCCAUUAAGGUGGGUGGAGGUAAAUCUUUACCCAUCACUUUCUGUGACACUAUGGGACUGGAGGACGGAACAAAUGCUGGACUGGACAUCGAUGACUUCACCAGCAUUCUAAAGGGCCACAUUCAGGACAAAUACCAGUUUAACCCGUCAGUUCCGCUCCAGUCAGAAUCUCCGUUCUUCUGUAAAGCUCCCACGCUGAAGGAGAAGAUUCACACUGUGGUCUACGUGAUGGACGCCUCCAAAAUUUCACUCAUGUCCGAGAAAAUCCUGGAAAAACUGGUCGCCUUCCGCCGCAAAGCCAACUACCUGGGAAUCCCACAGCUGGUUGUGCUGACGAAGGUGGAUGAAGCGUGUCCUGCAGUAGCAGAAGAUCUGAAACAUGUCUACCAGAGUCACUUCAUUCAUAAGAUGAUGCAGGAGGCGGCGGUAUGUCUGGGCGUGUCUCUUUCUGCUGUGGUUCCAGUGAAGAACUACAGCAGAGAACUUGAGAUCGAUCCUCAAACUGACAUCCUGGUGCUUAACGCCAUUCUCCAGAUCAUCAGAACCAUCGAGAACUUCUUUGAUGAUCUCUCCUGCGAUGAGGAUGAGGAUUGAAACGUCAGAGAAGCUGCUGAUGAUGAACGAACCCUCGUGUUUUAAUUAGGUGUUCCACAUUAUUAUUUUCUCUCCAAUCACGUUUUAAAUUUGACACUGCAGAACCCUGCAACCAGAAUGAACCCUCCCUAAACUAAUGAGCAGAGUUUAAGGUUAAUAAUAGGGGUUAGGCUUAAGGCUGGGUUUAGGAUUUGGGAUCAGGGUUGGGGUUAGAUUUAGGGUUGAUGUUGGGAUUAGGUUUGUAUUGGGUUUAGGGUUAAUGUUGGGAUUAGGAUUGUGUAUUAGAAUGUAAUGGCUGUAUUGUCUGUCACCUCAUCCUGAUCAGCUUAUGUAACCUGUUUUCACAUAUUGAUGCAGAUGUUACAUAUAAAACUUGUUUUCACAAACUUGAGCGGUUGCUACAGUCCAAGCAGAUGGGCACUUAUUUGAUUGCAGUAAAUUCUGGAGUGUGCUUUGUGUGGAUGGGAGAGGUGGUGCCUGGUCAGUGUCUCUGUCCCGCUUGCGCACACUUAAAGUUUUGGUAUAAAGGUAGGGUCGCCCCUCAGCUUGGCUGAACUUCACCUGAGGAGCAGACAUGCUGCCCAAGACUUGAGAUUUGUGUGCUUUGUGUCAUUUAUGUAUUUUGAAUUAUGCAUGUUGAACCUCAUUCCUCAGCCUCGUUAUUGAUUCCUGAAAGCUUCUGUCCUGAUUUAAGUGCUUCUAUAGUUUAGGUAAACAACAGUCUGAGAACACAAAUCUGCUAAAACCUGUUAGAACCAAAGUGGCCUUUUUUUUUUUUUUUUUUGAAAUGGAAAAGAUUGGAAUAGUGCUAUAGGAAUUGUACUAGUCCAGUACCUUAACCACUAGGCUACAACUGCCCACUUUUGGGUGAUAAUACUUCGUUACAGUACGUUUUUUUUUACUUUACAGUAUGUUAAAGUAUUUUUUGAAGUAUCUGUACUUUACUGGCUUUUUUACAUUUCUGUCAACUUUCACUUUUACUCCACUACAUUUCCUAAUUAGUUUACUCUGAUAAUUUUGCUCUAUGCAAAUUCGUUACUCGUUACUACUAAAAUAAAACUGCAAGAAAUCUAGUAGCUAAAUGAUGUAAAAUUUGUGAUGUAAAUCUGUGCAGAUGCUAACAGCCAUAUUUACAAUAAAUGUUUUUAA